AGCAAUAGUAAAUACAAUUGACUAACAGCCUGGACUUCCUAGAAUAGCUAUGUACACGUACUGAGAUUAUGAAAUCUCUUCUCUGAUUCUGCAAUCCUGAAGUGAUCAUCUGUUUGCUGAUUUCUUGCAUUCCUGCUUUAAUGCUUUCAUUCCUUAUAUUAAUCUGGAAAUAAUAGCAAACUUCGUUUUAAUAUUGAGGGUGUUUUUGUAGUUUCAACUAGGCGUCAUCUCAGGAUUAUCAUCUUAAAUUAACAUUUCGCCUCAAUCAAUCCACUAACAUGCUAGACGUGCCCCAACAACAGAAAAGUGGUCUCCUUCCCCUUUUUGAUUGAAUUUUAAAACUAAAAGGGAAUGGAACUUGCUUUCCUUUUAAUUAACUGUCAAUUUUCAGCUUCUCUCUAAGACUCCCACCCUAAGUAAAGUUAAUGAUCCUUACAGUGUAGAAAGGAAUCAUCAUUUGGUCUAUGAUCUCUUGCAUGAGAAAAGGAAAAGCACAAAUUGUGUCCUAACAUGGGUCUCAUUCUUCUCAAGAAACUCAGCAUCCUCUUCCUCAUUUUAGCAUCACUCUUAUCAGCUUGUAUUGCAGGUGGGCAGUCCAAGUUCUUCAAUGAGUUGGCUAAAGAAGCGGAUACAAUGAAUGAGAAACCAUCCCGCCACGAUGAAGAGGACAGUAUCCACGAGAGGCUUUUAAGGGUCAACACAAAAGACUAUGGAAGAUAUGAUCCAGCACCAGCUCUUGUGAAGCCUCCUUUCAAACUCAUACCCAACUGAUGCUCAUUUAGCCAUGAGUAUAAAAGCUUGGCUGCAGUCUGUGUGGAAAUAUCUAAAUAAAUGAAGUAAAUCUCUACAUAUAUAUAUAUGUAUGCCCACCUAUAUAUAUAAAUAUGUAUGAAGCAUAUGGCACAACAUAUAUUAUACUAAGUUUUGAGCCCUCCGCGUAAUCAUGUGUUAUAUAUAUAUAUUUGUGUGUGUAGGAAGCUAUAGUAAAAUGUGUUUCAAAUUUCGUUGUGGCAUGUUUAAACCAUAAGCAGUGGACUAAAUGAAGGGCAUUAUGUCCAGUCUAUGAUCUGUAAUAUAAUGAGGAUUGAUACUUAUCCAUACAUAA